UAUCUCUAAGUAGUCUGUGAAUAAGUUACUCUAUGGUCCCUUCCCUGGAUUUCUACUCUGUGAGCGCUAGUCUCUGGUUGUUUUAUUUUUAAAUUAUUAAAACGAAAAUGGCUCCCCCAACAAAGCAAAAGUUUGCCGAAGGCGAGAAAGUGUUGUGUUUUCAUGGACCUCUGAUUUACGAGGCAAAAUGUCUCAAAAGUUCUAUCACUAAAGAUAAACAUGUUCGAUACCUAAUUCAUUAUGCUGGAUGGAAUAAAAAUUGGGACGAGUGGGUGCCGGAGAGUCGAGUGCUGAAGUACAAUGAGGCGAACGUGCAGCGGCAGAAGGAGGUCCAGCGAGUGCACUCCGCGCAACCCACCAAGACUAAGAAAACUCCUGCCAAGGGUCGCAAGUCUGAAGCUGCAGCAGCCGAGAAACCAGAAAAGCCAGAGUCAAGGGCCUCCACUCCUGCAGGAAAAGAGAAAGAUAAAGAGAAGGACAAGGACAAGGAAAAGAAGGAUGAAGAGCCGUCCACCCCCGCCCCGGCCAAGCCCACCAAGUCUAGCAGUAAGGAGGCACCCGCAGACUCCGGCUCCGAUCAACCCAAAAAGAAGCGCGGCCGCCUGGACCUGUCCAUCGAGUCCGAAGAGCAAUACCUUUCGAAGGUGGAGGUGAAGAUCAAGAUCCCCGAGGAGCUGAAGGUGUGGCUAGUGGACGACUGGGACGUCAUCACGAGGCAGCAGAAACUGGCUCUCUUACCCGCCAAGCUCACCGUCGAGCAGAUAGUUGAUAAUUACCUCGCCUUCAAGAAGUCCAGCAAAGCACACACCCCGGCUAAAGACUCGGUGUUAGUCGAUAUAACAGAGGGUAUCAAGGAAUAUUUCAAUGCAACGUUGGGAUCGCAACUGCUGUAUAAAUUUGAGAGACCGCAGUACAGCGAGAUUCUAAGUGAAUACCCUGAUACGCCGAUGGCGAAGAUAUACGGAUCCGUGCAUUUGCUAAGGCUGUUCGCAAAGAUGGGCCCGAUGUUGGCGUAUACGGCGCUUGAUGAGAAAUCCCUGCAACAUGUACUGACGCACAUACAAGACUUCCUUAAAUACAUGGUGACGAAUAGAUCGACUCUGUUCAAUUUACAAGACUACGGCAAUGCCACCCCGGAGUAUCAUCGGAAAGUGCAGUAGCAUAAGUUUACCGGAUAUAGGACUCAGAGGCAGUGUUUGUGAUAGUGAAUAAGUGGUUUCCUUAUAAGUAAAUGUAAUUAAAGUGUAUCUGACUCUGAAGAUUGUUUGUGUCCGUGUCUGUUUUCUGAUUAUGAUCUUCUUGAUUGGUGAUAUGCAUGUUUGUCUAGUAAUUGUUUCCAUGUUUCAAGUUGUAAACAUUAUUAAGCUUAGUGAAUAGGUUAUUUUACAUAGUAAUUACAUGAUUAUGAACUUCUAAAAAG